AUGAAGGGCACGAACCCGGAGACGCAAGGGCAUCGCUGGGCGAAGCGCGUGAAGAAGCGGCAGAAACGCGAGCAGAUCGAGGAAGGGCAGUGGGCGGACCUCGAGAGGAAGAAGAUCGAGGAGGACGAGCGCGCGAGGCUCGAGGCGGAGGAGGACGCGGCGUUCCCGUCGUGCGAGCCGUCACCUUCCGAGAAGGAGGAGGAGGAGGACGACGACGACGACGACGACGGCGCCGCGACCGGACUUCGCGACGAGGAAGGCCUCGACGCGGAGGAGCUCGCGGCGGUCCGCGCGGUCAAGGUCGCCGCGGCCGCGGCGGCGGAGCGUCUGCGCAGAGUGAGCGAGGAGGGCGAGGAGACGCGCGCGAGGAAGAAGGCGCGCGCGGGGGAGCGGCCGCGAUCGACGACGAAACCAGCGAGGGUCGGCGGCGGCGGCGGCGCGAAUCCGUUCGCCGCGCUGGCGUUCCGACCCGCGCCGGCGCCCGCGAAACCGCGCGCGCGCGAGAACGAUCCUCGCGCGAGGCCGCCGCCGCCAGAGGUCCCCGCGCCGCGCGCGCACCUGCAGAAGCACCGCCGAGGCCCCGAGGCGUCGGUGAACAAAUCCAGGCGCCUCGGCGUCGUCGGAAGGACCGGGCUCUCCGCGAAAGCGCAGAAGAAGGCGCUGAAGAGGCGGCGAAAGGAAAAGGAAAGGACCCCGUGA